AUGUCCGAUACCUUAUCGCAACCCCUCCCAACGAUAGAGAACGAAAAUGAAAUUAUCGCCCUUAUCAAACCUAACCCCCGCCAAAUUCUAAGAAUUUGUUUGAACUUGAAGAAAUUAAUUGACACCACCAUCACCUCCAAAAAAUCAAUUUCUGAUAUCAGCAAGCUUGCUAAAUCGAAAAAAACUAUCCAAUUGGCCCUUGAGGCGUGCGGUGGUAAAGGCGAUGGCGAACCAAACACCUCAUCAAGAAAGUACCGAUCUAGCAUCGUGUUUUGUUUGUUGGUGGUCACCAACUGGUACAGCAAAAUCAUGACGAUCGACUACAAUGAGUACGAUACCAGCAGCUCCAGAAAAGAUUUCAGUGAAUAUUUGUCACGGCAUUUAAUUGAACAUUUCAUGGCCACCAGGGACGAGACCUAUUUGUUUAUCAAUGUGUUAUGCACCAAAUUCAGCGUCAAUUUGAACGACGUUGACCAACCGGCAAAAAAUGCCUUGGAAGUGGCAAUUGAUCUUCAUUCGAUCCCGGUGAUCACCUCCAAUGGAUUCCAAAAAUGUAUCAAGUAUUUAUGGAGAGGGUGGAUCGUCCAGAGCGCGGAAGACGGUAACACUUAUCAAGUCGAUGUCAAUUACAGUAGCUCCGAAUUUUUAAGCCACUUCAACCCCAACAGAUUGAAGGCUCCGAAAUACCAGAAUUAUUUGGAAAUUUUCUUCUCCAUCAUUUAUUUAAUUUUGUUCACUUUCAUCAUUAACUGUGAAGAUAAACGAGAGUAUUUGUUGUUUGAAAUUGGGUUUUAUAUGAUGACGUUCUGCUUCUUGGGUGAUGAAUUGAUCAAUGUUUAUCACGUUGGCUUGGAUUAUUUGAAAUUCUGGAAUUACUUCAAUAACACCAUGUAUAUUUUCAUCACUGUGGCGUUUAUUACCAGAACUCUUCUCCCUACAACCAUCUUCGCUGAUGGUGAUGACAAUGAAAUCACCGCGUUCAAAAUCCUCAGUUGUGUGGCUCCAUUUAUGUGGACUCGACUCUUGUUUUACUUGGAUUGUUUUGAAUAUAUCGGGGUAAUCAUCGUGGUGAUUGCCAAAAUGAUGAAGGAAUCUUUCUUGUUUUUCGUGUUGUUGUCAAUCAUCGUCAUUGGGUUUCUCCAAGGUUUCAUUGGGCUCGAUACUAGUGAUGGGGAAAUCGAUAUGUUCCCAAAGAUUCUUCAUUCAAUGAUCAAAUCGAUUAUUGCCGGAGCCCAAUUCCCAGUAUUUGACUCAUUGACCCCACCAUACUCGGUUUACAUUUAUUACGUGUUUCGUUUCUUGAUCAAUGUCAUGCUCAUGAAGAUCCUUAGUGCGUUGUACAAUAAUUCUUAUAAAGAGACAGUCGGUCAUUCGUCAAAUGAAUAUUUGGCAUUAUUCAGCAGUAAGGUUCUCAGAUACAUUAGAGCUCCCGAUGAGUUUGUUUAUAUUCCUCCUUUGAACAUUGUUGAAUGGGUGAUGAUUUUAUUAUCUGCGCCAUUUGGAGUAUCUCGUCAAGCAUUUGAUAUAAUAAAUUUCUACAUUUUACAAGCGAUAUAUUCUCCAGCGUUGUUUCUCAUUGCGGUUAGCGAGCUUAAGGAAGCCAGAAGAAUCAAGUACAAUAGAAUGAAGAAUCUCAGUGAUGAUUGCAAUGAAACAGAUUUGGAAUGGGAUUUGACCGAUGGGUUUAGAGAAUUGCAAAAUUCCGAUGAAACCGAUAUGAACGAUGCUGAAUACAACGAUACUGUUAUUAGACAAGGAGCCAAGUUACAAAGAUUGGCAGAAAGAGAAGAUCCCGAAUUUUUGGUGAAUUUGAACGAGUUCAACAAGAAGCUUAUCGAAAACGAGGACCCAGUACCAGUCGCUGCCAAACCGGCGGUCCCAAGCGAUGGAGCAGAUAAAGUUGUUGGGGCCGAUAUUGCCAAUUUGGGGGUGCAAAUUACUACCUUGUUAUCUUGUGUUGAAAAGAUCAGCACUGAUAAUAAGAAGUUAUUCAAGGAGAAUGAAGAAAUUAAGAAGAAAUUGAAGAAAUUAGAGGAUGCCUAG